UUGGGUCAUAACGAGGCAGCCAUAAAACCUUUGGUCACAAAGGGAUUGUCUCUGCAAGAAGGCAGGUCCAUAUCAUUGCUCCAUAUUCUUACAACUGUUUCACUUCGUCGUUUUUUAUCAACUCACGCUAAAAAGACAUGGCUUACCAUCCGCCCUCGUCCAGCCCUGGGAGCUGGAGCACCGGCCUGCUCGACUGCUGCAAAGACACCAGCGGCUGUUUGUUCGGGUUGUGCUGCUUCCCCUGCUUGCAGUGCCAGACUGCCAAGGAGUACGGCUGGUGCAGGUUCAUGCCCUGUCUGGACUUCUGCGGCAUCGUGUCCUGCAUACUCCGCUCCAACAUCAGAGAGCGCCACAACAUUCCUGGCUCAGCCUGUGACGACUGCUUAAAAAUAGCGUGCUGCUACCCCUGCGUGUGGUGCCAGAUGCAUCGAGAGCUGAAGCUCAGGGGCCGCAGCCAGUCGGGCGACAACGUGGUCACCGCUCAAAUCGGCUGAGCUUAACGCGCCGCCGACUCAGAGGCGGCGUGUCGAGUUUGUCUGAAAUGUCCUGCAGAUGCUUCAGGUGGACCGCAGUUUAAAACAUGUGUUAGUUUAGUGCUAUUCAGCAACAUUUUCUUUUGCUACUUCUCGAAGGUUUUGGAAUUAUAAAGCGAAUGCCUCUUACUGGCGUAUUUAGCAGUCUGUGUUUUCUAACAACAGGAUUGACGUUUCUGACUUUUGUUCCUCAAUAAAAUACUUUUUGCAAAUCUUCUCUCUU